GUAGGACGUAUACAUUUGCCACAUUUAGGUUGAGUGGUUUAGUUGUUCUUAUAUAUACAUAUGUACUGUUAGAUAUCCAUUUGUUUGUUAACACAAAACUUUUUUUAAAGAGUAUCGGUUCCCUUUCCCUGAGUCAUGAGAGUUUGACCUAAACAAGAAAGAACUCACAAGAAAACUAGUUAUACCAUAAUGGUGAGAAUACUUAGUAAUGGUGACAUAGUUCAAGAUGAUGACCCUAGAAUAAAACGGAAUUCUGGGCAAAGCAGCUCAUCAGGUCAAAGAAGAGGUUUUGUACAGCACAAUGACAACCCUUAUCAACAGGGAGCAGGAGGGGUGCAGACUGUGUCCAUAUUUGAAGUGAUGAACCAGAAGCUUUUAGAUGCUGGACUCCCUCGCUUUAACCUAGGACCUUACACAGUGGAACCUAUAGCCACGGUGGGGAUGAUACUGGCUGGACUCAUGUUUGGACUGCCAGGCUUGGUAUUUGGGGCACUGUUAUUUAUAGUUGUGAAAGUUAGCAAUGGACAGGGCAAUCAGGGCGGACAAGAAGGUGCUGGUAGAGCUAUGAGGAGGGGAUUCCAAGGGGGACACACACUGGGGAGAUAAAAUAAGAAAUAUUCUGUGGAUUCAGAUAUGACCUUGACAAACAAAUUCACUACGUACAACAAAUAUGAACAUAUUUUAAAUGUCUAAAAUUUGUUGAAAGGAAUAGAGUAGCAACAAUUGAAGAAGGUGUAAUUAAUUUAAAUCAAAAAGAAAGGCAUAUGAAGUUCUAAUAGGCUGGAGAGACGGUUGCUUUUUGCUCCUAUUGCAUAAAUUGUAUAUGAAAGAAUAGAUACAGUGGAACACAUUCAAGAUGGUGGAACUCACAAAUUGAGAGUAUUUUUCAUAGCCAGUGCCAAGAACACAUUUGCAUAUUUUAGGUACGCAAGUCCUGACUUUUUUUGUUUUGCAUGGGGGAACCACAUAUGAUUCAUCUUGGUUUUCCUCAUCCCAAAUAGGCUCUUAAGAUGUGGCAAAGGUACUGAAUGGUCGUACUGAUGUGCUUAAUGUGCUUGUUAGACAUGUUGGAAGGCUCCCCAUCACUGCACAUAUUCUCUUUUUACUUAUUGGUCAUAGGCUGAUAUUGCUACUUCACACACACGAUAGUGUUUCUGAUAUUCCCAGUCAAGAUGAACAUACAGUAUGUUUAGUAUUGCAUCAUUAAAAUUAUUCCUUUCACUAUAUAUACUAUGUGGCAAUUAUCACGUCUAGGCUUGUAAUUCCCCUGAGCCCUCAUUUGUCAAGAGUAUUUACCAUGAAUUUAUGCUGUGCAGCUUUUAUGCAGGCUUCUGUGCUACAUUAACCUAUUUUGGUAAGAUAUUUUGAUGUCAUUACUCUUACUCCUAGCAUAACGAAUGAGCUGUAAGUAACUUUUGGCAGCAUAGCACUAUUUUUACCCAAGCCUUGCAGCCAAAAAUACUAGACAUAAUUGCUGCUUUCACGAUGCAUCUUUUAACUUCAAAUUCAAAAUGAUACAAAUAUCACAAUAUCUUGCUUUUUUUCUACAAUAUACCUUUCUACUGUUGCCUGUUCAUCUUGACCUGAGUGAAGAAAGCACCUAAUAGUUAUAGUCUUGAAAUUUUUAACAGUAUAAACAGGUGAGACAAGAAAAGUGCAACACUUUCAGUAAUUAACUGGUCAGUUAAUGUUAUUUUAAUAACAUAAUUGAAAUAUCCAAUGAUUCCAAAAAUGGUGAAUUGGUGACCUUCAGAUGUAUUAUAAAGCACACUAAAACCGUAGCAUAUAUAAGCUCAGUGCUUGGGCCUUAUUUUGUGAGCCCAUUUGGGAUCAGGAAAGGCAAGGUGUGUAGUUACUCCAUGCACAAAUCAUUCUGAAUGCAAAUCUGGUUUUUACAGACGAAAAAAAAGAAAAGCAAAAAAAAAAACAAAAAAAAAACGCCAGGUUCUCAUUCCUACUCCACGCAAAAGUGGUCUUGGCAUCGACUACAGAACGUACUUUUUUUAGCAUAACUCACAAAUACAUUGUAUUCAAGCUGUUAAUCUAUGUAUUUUGCCCAUCUCAUGGCAACGCAUUUUGACCUGCAGUCAUAUUCAUGAUACGUGGUCAUGGGUAUUAGUAAAGAUGGAUUCGCCACUAUACCGCAGUCUUUGAAUAGGAAGGCAUGUAUAUAUUUUGCCUGAUUUGGCUCCCUUGCUGGUCCGUUCCUCUCUCGUCGCCAGAUAUGAUAUUUGGACACCGUGUUGGAUUUAAAAUUGUGCGAUUUGUGCAUACAACCCCUAGAAAGUGGGUUCUGGAUGUCACAUGUAAUUACAACAGUCAGUUUGUUUGAGGGUAAAGGGGUGAUGUGAAGUUUUUUUUGUUAGCAAUUUUUAAUGUGCAUUUGUACAGUAUAAAAGAAUAUAGGUGGUUUUAAAUUAAAUGGUUGGAAUUGUAACUGGGAGAUAAAAGUCAUUUUGAUAUUCAAAUAAAAUCAUUUAAGCAAUA